CACCAAAAAGGGAAGGUUGAUGACCAAAGAAGGAAAGGUUGAUGACCGAAAAAGGAAAGGUUGAGGACCAAAAAAGGAAGGUGGGGUUAUUCAUGCCGGUGGUGCUGCAUACAAGGAUGAUGGAAGCGAAGGGAGAAAAGGGAAAAAGAAGAAUAAGAGGAAGAGCAAGAGGAAGAGGAGGAGGAGGAGGAGGAGGAGAUAUCGUUGUAAUGCUUCGUCGCUUCGUCGUCGGAGUUGGAGAUCGUCGACAAGUGCGACUGAACGAACGACCUUGUGAUCGAAGAAGUCGCUCUACAUCCAGGAGUUUGCCAGGUAGCCAGCCAGUCAGCCAGCUAGCUAACUGGUCCGUCAUGGCUGCCGCCGUGGACAACCUGAUGGACUUCAACCCGCCUUCGGGGCCUUCAACUGUCAGAUCGCUGUCUGGUAAUGGAGAUCGAAGAAGCCGAGGUCGGCCAGCAGGAUUGCAGAUCAAUACUGGACUGCCAGGCGGAGAACAGAAGAUUGUAGCAGAGAGUCCUGCUUCGCAGCAACGGCCAAUGACACACUUGCAACUACGGCGCUUGCUUCAAGAUCUUUCUAAAGGCGCUGACCAGCUGCUGAAUGACUCAGAAGACAAACUCGUCAUCCGAUAUGCGUUCUACUUCCUGUCGCGAAUUCUUGGUGAGAGCGACACAUCCGUCGGCGGAGCUGCAGGCAGAAACUGGGAUGCAGUUUCCAGCCUAGACGGGCAAGGAGGUAUCGCACCAAGGGAGGCCAUUUCCGCAGUUUUGAAUUGCCUUCUUUUGGAGGUCUCAUCAAACGAUCCAUCUGCACAAGGAAGACGAGCUGCAGCACUCAAGGCCUUCGUUUGCAUGAAUCCCUCUGAUGUUGAUGCCUACACUAAACUGUACACCAUUGUGGAGUCCAUUUUUGAAAAGGUCAGUAAGAAGAAACGAAGCAGGAUUGGUUGCCAUGACCCAGUGGGCGCUCGGCAUGCGCUUGCAAAGCUUGCAGCUCUGGCGAACAAGAAUCCCCUCCUCGUUGCGAAUUCGCUUUCAAAGCUGGCUUUUCUAUCAGCUGGUGCAACAGGGCCGAUGCAAGAAUCUCCUGGUGUGCUGUUUGAGGCCAUGAAUAUUCCGGACACGUUCGCAAAAGUUUACCUGUCGAGAUUGCUUGCGACGAUGCUUUACUCACGGGAGGUUAAGCAGAGGCGUGGACUGUGGCAACAGUUUGCGAAUCUUCUCUACCAGUUGACUUGGGAUGAGCACGAAAAAGUUGCCCUUGAAGCAAUCUUGGGCAUAAUUGGCGGGGCUGGAGGAGACGGGAGUAUGGAGCUGAGGGCUGCCGGCUGGGAUCUUCUCUGUGCUGCGGAGGUGGUUGUCCCUGAAACCGCCAUGUCUAAGGAGGGGCCUUCGAAGGGAAAAGUCCCUACUGGCAAGAUGGGGAAGCGAACUAUUUUCAAGGUAGCAUGCACAAGGUUGGAUUUUGCUUUGUGCUCGUCCUCUCGCCCAUCUUUGCAUGCGGCUGCGCGUGUUGUCGGAGAGAUCGGUAAAGCUCGUGCAGCAGCUGCACUAAUGUCUGAAAAGACCAGAGCGCAAAAACAAUACAGAGAGCAAGCUAAGAGCAUGGGUGACGGUCCUUCAUCUGUUUUGGAUGGGCCCACAUUAUCGUCUCGGGCAAUUGGAGGGGGUGAUCUCGAGUGUGAACAGUGAGUUGUAUGGGCGCACAGUCGCCAUAGCCAGUUGGAAGAGAACUCAUAUCUGGUUACGAUAUCUUUGAGUACUGUGUGGGCGCAUGUCGCCAGUUCGCUGUAUCGAUGUUUGCAAGCAUGAUGAAGUGUGAAUAAGUCGAGUUCGAUUGCACUGGUGCUUUAAGCCAUGAAUAUAACAUGUUACCCAUGAUUAUAGCAUGUUGGCCAUGACGAUAGCAUGUUAGUGUUAGUCGUGACUAAAACAUUUUGGAAAUGACCAUACCAACGU